ACAAAUGGCUUCCGUUUUAAACUUUUAGCAAUCCUAAUUCCUAAUUCUACGUUGCUGGCAUGGUUUUAUAAUCAAGACCAUCUUAUAAUCGAAACGAACGUGUUCGAUCGAAUCAUUAUUUACAGUCAUAGACGUAACUUCUAAUCAUGGGCAUACAGGACUUACAAUCAUUUUUAGAAAAUGAGGGAAUAGGUGUUGAUUUAUUCCGAAUUUCCAGAAAUCAGGCAGGUGGUUUUAGAUUGGUGCUAGAUGCAGAGGGUUGCUUAGAUCGUCUUUACGGAGGAUUUUUCUCAGAUUGGGCUUGCGGAGGACAAUGGGCUCGCUGUGUACAAUUCUUAACAACACUCGCUCAAGCUCUGGCUGAACAUCAAGUUGCUAUCUGUGUGUGCUUUAAUGGUGCCCAUCCAACUCCACCAGCCACUCCACAGCAUUGGAUUCAAACUCAAACAACUUACAGACAGAGGGUCAAUUCGGUUUUAAGGCAUAUUGGUACAAAAGGCACUCCUCCACCGAAAGUAUGGUGGGUACCACCAACAGGCUUACAUUCCUGCUUGAGGACAGCUCUUCGAUACCUUAAUAUACCCAUUAUGGUAUCUUCUGAUGAUCACUGUCAAGAGGUAGUUGGUCUGUGCCGGGAGAAGAGUUACUCAGGGUUAGUUGGCUGUUCUGGAGAAUAUUUGGUAUUUCAACCACCAAGAUAUUUCAGCUCGUCGCAAUUAAAACUUACAUACAGGUCCUCUUUGGAAACAAAGGAGUAUAUGGUGCAUGAAUUGCCUCGAGUUUUGGAUGUGCCCCAAGAUCGUCUUUGCCUCAUGGCUGCUCUACUAGGCGGUACUAUCCUUUCUGAACAAAGUCUCACUGAUUUCUAUAAACGUUUGGGAAUUACUCAAAAAAAGCAGGUACCUCCAGAGACAUUAGUCAAAAGUGUGUGUCAAUUUGUGCGUGAUUUGCCUUCAUCAGAUGUGGAUGCUGCUUGUAUUGAAAUAUUUGGAGAUCUUAAUGAUUUACGAGCUGCAAAACUUAAACAAGCAGUGCAGUAUUAUUUAAAUGGCACAAAAGAUGGAUUCUUGAAGUACAGGACUGCUACAGGUCGUCGUCCAAAAAAUAACAAAAAAGGCCAGAAGUCAGAAAUAAGCCCACAGUCAACUGUCCUAGAUAUGGAUACAAGCAAGCUGGCUACAGAGACAUCAGAGCACGAGUUAAAAGGCUUGGAAGAUUACAAAUUGGCUACAGCAAAUGCGUCAAUGAACGCAGAUUUUAGCAUGGAAGAUCAGACAACUGAGGUACAUCACGGCUUAGCCAAUCUCUCUCUCGACGGCGGUGAUGCGGCCUGUUACAGUCAACAAUCUGCCAAACCCGUCGACAAGAACGACAAACCGCAAACUUCAAUCAAAGAGGGUCGCAUAAGCAACAAGCAAGUUCAAAGUGACGACAACUGUCCAGCAGCGCCAGCUGAAGUGCUUCGUACGUGCGCCGAGCGGCACGCCCGCGGUCUUAUGCACCCACAGAUGCUGUCAAUCCUCACGCACCGUCAAGUGACCCUGCCCGUGUUGAUGGAAGAUGAUCACCACCGCGAAAUACCAUCAAUCCAUCACUUCUAUAGGCCAAUCCGCCAAAAUGUCUAUGCCAUUUUGUAUAACAUGCACCACCAUCGGUUUAUGGCUCAGAAGGCUAAAGAUGAGGGCCAAGCUACAACCUCCGCAGCUAAUGAUCGUCCGUGCACCGUUCAGAUAUCCGAAUGGAUUUAUUCUCGCGUGAAUCCCGGCAAGAGCUCUGAAGCUGUGACUGGAAUCGUUCUUGACUGGCCUGUACCGACUGUACAGAGGCUUUGGUUCGGAACUGCUCAAGACGACAAAUGUCGAAGAAUGCGCGCUUUCCUCUCUUGUAUGAGAUCUGAUACCCCAUUGAUGUUAAACACAUCCUAUGUGCCUCAACAUCUGCUAAUACUGGCCACCGUACUAAGAUUCAUUAUGACGUCACAAAUUCAAAUUCUGAGACGUCAGGAAUUAGAUGCUUUUUUGGCGACUGCUUUCUCCAGCGACCUCAUGAAUGCCCUUCAUUUGCAAGAAAUGACCGUGAACGGCAUUAGUUCCCGCGGGGUACAACUCGGGGCUUUAGUGAUGGCGGGAGCUGAGGCGGCUUUGCUCGCCAACGAUGCUUGCGGUGCACCAGUUCCCUGGCUGGUGGCCGCUCCCUGGCUGUAUUUCGAUGGAAAGUUGUUGCAGCGGAAUCUGCAUCGUGCAAAUCAUUGCAAACACCUUGCUCAGCUCUGCGAUAACCAUCUGGACACCGUUGUUAAGGUGGAGCGUAUGCGCAAAGCAAUACUGGAGGGCUUGGAGGUUGAGUUCGCUAUGCCGCCGUUGCCGUUAGUGGCUGGCGUGGUGGGGGGCGCGGCGUUAGGCGGGUGGUCGCGCGGCCGAGGACGUGGCGCCCGCCUCGAGAUAGCCGGCGUCGUCGUCGGACAGUGGGGCGGCGGCAGCUACCCAGCGCGCACGCAACGGUACCCACAGGUGAGCUACGUGGGCUACACGCCCCAACCGCGUAACGCAUACGGCGGCAGGAGCUGGCGCGGCGCGCGCGGUGGCCGCGGUCGCGGUCGCGGUCGUGGCGGUAGCGCGCCGCGCGGUGGUCGCCGCCCACGGCGUGACCACGACGAGCCCGCUAAGCCCGCCACCAUCAGCGUCAACGGGAAAACUGUAAGACCUGAGGAUAUCGGCAUUCAGGCUGAUGAUGGAAGUCUGCAUGAGGAUAAUUCAGCUGUCGAUAAUGAAGCUGAAGGAGGUCCAAUGCAAAAAAAUAAGACUGCUAAGAAUGUGAAGAAAAAUAUUGGAAAGGGAAAAAAGAAGAGUUCCAAUCAAAAGACUGAUGUUGCCCAAACUCUGGAGGCUAAUGGGCCGCUCGAUAAGAACAAGGUGACCAUCGAAUAA